UCUAUGCUCAUAUGGUCUUGCAAAAUACAAACUUUCUGAACAAACAUCCCAUACUAUUAGUUGGAAAUACUUUUUUUCUACAAAUAGACCAUCUCGAUUGUUUACUCCCGGUGACUUGGUAUUAAUUUCAGGUAGAUUUGUCGUUGAAAAUUCUGAACAAUGUAUGACCAUUGCAUAUGCAACCAUUCUUAAUAAUAGAGAUUCUAAUUAUGAAUUUAAAUUUAUCGAUAUUCCAAUUUGUAUUCCACACUGUAUAUUUUCUAUUCUUGUUAAUCGUAAUCCAAAAAAACUCGAAGAGUUCAUCCAUUUUGGUGUCAAAUGUGUAGAAUAUAAUUCUAUUACUGGAUCUGCUAAUAUUAAAAUGGAAAUGACUGUUUUUUAUUCUUCCAAAUCCAUAAAAUUUAAACAUUUGGAAUUUUAG